AUGACUGAAAAUGAAAGGGUCUUUCCUAGAGAAGCACAUGUCCAGAAGGAAGUAGGUCCGUGGAAUAAUUUGGUAGCCAUUCUUCAAAUAACUAAAAAGAAGAUUUUUGGAAAUCUUAUGGAGCAGAAUAGCAGUAGCACUCAUGAAUUAACUUCCACUUCUGAUCUUAAGGGUUCCGAUAAUGUUGUAUCUGCUGAUAGUCAUGGUAGUGGAAGUAUGAGUAAUCUUAAGAUUACAAUUCAUUCAGAAAAGACAUCUGUAGCUAAUACGGACGAGAGUAAAGCUUUUGAGGUUGUUAAUAUGAACAAAACUUCAAAUUCAGCUGGCCCUGAAGAAUUGCUAAAUGUCUCUUCAAAAGAAUGUGAAGGGAGCUCUGACAAUUCCAAUGGCAUAUCUUCUGGUGUAUCAUCUAUCUGCGGAAAAGCCAGUUCCAAUGACGGUGUUCAACUGAUUAACGGUUUCCAUCGUUCAGAGUUAGUUGAGAAAGAGAGAGAACAAUUGCUAGUUGAGGAAGUAUCAUCAAGUGUACAAAUCAGUUCUGGUGAAGAUAUCCUGUCAAAAUUUGAUUCAUCUUGUGACUCAGAGAGGGUUUCCAGCUUAGUAGAUGUUUCUCAGGAAAAAAGAAAUAACGAACCAGAGUUGGAGGCCAAGAAUGACAAAAUGCAAAAGAAGGAAGUAAUAUCAGACAUUAUUUCAAUUUUUGAGAAGAAUGGGACAUCGAAUCUCAAGCAGGUUACACAUUUUAAUAGUUUCUUACCGAGUGAAGCAACCAACAAAUGGCGGGAUGUUCUUGUGAAAAAAUCAGUACUCUCUGCAAAUGAACACCAUCCGGCCGAAGACACCUCUAUUCCGAUCUCACUUUCUAAGUCCGAAAUGGAUGAAAUUGCAUCAGUCUCCAAUAAUUCUUGUCACGUGGAAGCUGAUCAUCGAGCAACAGAUCAGAUUGUCGACCCAAAGAGUGAAAAAUCUGUACCUAGAGAGUUUGAGCCCCUUAAUGGAACUUCUCAUAAUAUUUUUGGAAAGAGUGGCGACAUAAAGAGCUUAAUAGAUUGUAUUAAGGAGCUGCCUCCUCAGAAGCCAUCUGUUGUUAGGCCUGAGGAAAUGGUUGUUGACAGAGAUAGGGAAAGAAGUGCAAAUAGCAGUAUCCAAGCUCAAACUGAUAAGCAGACACUUGACAGGAAAAAAAGAAAGACUUCAUCUGAGGAUGUGAUUGGAAAGAAGGAAAACAGUAACCAAGAGAUUGCAUGUUUGAUGGAAAAAGGUGAACUGAACAAGGGUGAGAGUGCCUCUUUAUCUGAAAAGUUAUCAGAUGAAAACAAAAUGACUAUAAAGUUCGUGAAUGUUACAGCUAAAGAAAGUGAUGUCUCUAAAGUUUUCAAGGGUUGUGGGGCUGUUACGAAGGUUGUGUUUCCAAGUGUCAAAUCAACUAAUUUUAAAGUUGCACACGUUUAUUUUGAGUCAGAAGAAGGAAGGCAAAAGGCUCUUAAAAAAACUGAUAUGAUGAUUAAGAAUAUGGUAGCUUUGGAGGCCACUUCUCCUCAGAAAGGGAGAGAGAGGAUGUGCAUACCUAAUUUAAUUGGUUGUCCAGAAGUUCCCGCCUCAUUAGUGAAGCAUCCUUCAAGGACAUUUAUGAUAAAAAAAUUGAACAACAAUGUGUCCUUUCAUGAUAUUAAAGAAGCUCUAUCCUUUUGCAAAAGCAACAUAACUGGAAUUUUCUUUGGUUCGUCAAGCUCCGUUGCUUAUGUGGAGUUUGAGACAGUAGAGGGCAAAGAAAUUGCUAUUGAGAAGCAUUCAUUGAUCGUGCUUGGAGAGAGACUAUCAAUCUUGAGAAUCGAUCCACCAAGAACAACCAUCGUAAGGAUAUCAAAUGUGGAUUCCCUUGCAAUGGGUAAAGUGACCUCCGUUUGCAAAAAACUGGGAAAGACUAGGCAAUUCUUCCCGAGAACGAAUGACAUCCUGGAUGUGCAUUUCAAACUUGCUGAAUGGCCAAGAAUGUUAGAGAUUUUAAACAGGUAG